AUGUUUGACAAACUACGGUCCAAAGAAAAGGCCAAAGUUGCCGAGGUCAAAGACGAGGAGUUGCGGGAGGUGGCGCUUCCCAUUCCGGAGCCCGGACCUCAGUCGGUAAUACCUCCGGAAAAGCCGUUGGACGAAAGUCAAAAACUGAAAUAUUUGAAAGUUUUGAACCAUUUUUCCGAUCCAGAUUUAAAGGCUCCCGCCACAGAAGACGACCACAAACACAAGCGCCAUGACCUGUAUGUGGCGCUCAACGACUAUGAGCGUGCGUGGUUAACCAGAGAGUGUUUUUUGAGGUAUCUUCGUGCAACCAAGUGGGACCAAGCCGAGGCCAUCAGCAGAAUAGAGUUGACAUUGGCUUGGAGACGGGAGUUUGGGGUUGUGGGACGUGACGAGAGCGAGUUGGAGGUCAACGGAGAGUUGUGUUCUGUGGAAAAUGAGACGGGAAAAGAGGUAAUUUUGGGUUUUGAUAACGAUGCUCGGCCUUGUCUUUACUUGAAACCAGGACGCCAGAACACAAAGACGUCUCUUCGUCAGGUCCAGCAGCUCGUGUACAUGUUGGAACGGGUCAUUGACUUUAUGCCUUCUGGACAAGAUUCGUUGGCACUUUUGAUCGAUUUUAAGCAGUCUCCAGUGGGGAUCCAACAGGGUAAAAUUCCUCCUGUGGGAACAGGCCGUCAGGUACUUCAUAUUUUGCAGACCCACUACCCUGAGAGGUUGGGUAAGGCGCUUUUGACCAACAUUCCGUGGCUCGGAUGGACGUUUCUCAAGAUUAUACACCCAUUUAUCGAUCCUCUCACCAGAGAAAAAUUGGUGUUUGACCAGCCAUUUCCCAACUAUGUGCCUCGCGAACACUUGGACAAGGACUUUGGGGGUACACUUGACUUUGAGUAUAACCACGAAAAAUACUGGCCGGCAUUGGUCAAAAUGGCCGAGGAAAAGAGGCAACGUUAUUUUAAGAGAUUUGAGAAGUUUGGCAGUAAAGUGGGUUUGUCCGAGGUGGACUUACGAGGCGACCACGACGAGUUGAGGUACCCUGUGGAGUAG